GGGAUCACCCCAGGCACGUGUUUCUUUUAAUCUUUACCUCUGUUCCCCUCUCCCCUGCACAGAAGCUGAACGAGAUGGAGGUGGAGGGGUGCAAGGUGAAGUGCCCCCACUCCUGCCGCCCACUAGCUUCAUUUCAGGGAUCCGUGAGGUCAACCAUUUCUCAGCUUUCGCCAACACGUAGGAAACGUGUGAGAAGAGGGGGGAAGAAGAGUGGAACAACAGAAAAAAGGAAAGGAGGCAGAGACCCCGGCAGUGAUGAAGUCAUGGUAAAUCUGCUCCCCCCGUGCUGAAAAGAGACCUGCUGCUCGGCUGCCCCGGCAGGGAGAGGAAGUCUGCACAGGCAGCCCGCACCGCCACAACAUGAAUUUCACCACGGCGCUCCACAUCGCAGCUCUGCUCCUGAUGCAAGGGGAUUUUGCAGAAGCUGGCAGUGAAACUGUAACUCUGCAGGAAGGAGAGGACCUAAAUCUCAGCUGCACCCUCAGCGGUGACGACAGUUCUGUCAGGCAGUGGCUAAACCCUCGUGGGUUUGCCAUUUUUCUUGACGCCCAGCGGGUUUUAAGAGAUCAGAGGUACAAACUUAUCCAUUAUUCAAAGGAUGAAUUAUCCAUCCGACUGUCUAAUGUAACAGUGCACGACGAAGGCGUAUACAAAUGCUUCUACUACGGCACCCCGUUCAAAAUCAAGACGACGACUGUUGAGGUGCUGGCUGCUCCUUCUAAACCUGUACUGGAAGCAUCCCAAGACACAGAAAGAGGCAUUACGCUGUCUUGCUCUACUCGAGGAUGUAAACCCCGGCCUCAGAUUACCUGGCUGUUGGAUAACGGGAUACAGCUUCCAGGUGACACUACGCACAAGUUAGAAGCCAAUGGGGAGAAAUGGACCACAACCAGCACGCUGACAGUCCUCGCCUACGGGCCCAAUUCAACAGCCAGCUGCCUCGUUCACCACAAAGCAUUAAGAGAAGAGAAGCUGGCUGUGCCUUUCCGCUUUGAGGACCUCCCUGGGACAGUGACAAACACAUAUCCUGCAACAACUGCACAAGAGGUGCUUACACACGUCUCUGAGCAUGAGCAGUCUACAGUGACCGCAACAGAGUCAGAUCCGGACGACAGUACAGACUUCUCUCCAAGCUACCCACAACAUAAUGGCUCCGACCAGCCAACCAUCCCUUCCGCAGUACCAGAGAAUCCAGCAGUUCUCAGCUCAGCAUCAACUACAACCCAGCAAAACCUCCAACCAGCUGUCACAUCUACUUGGCCCGAAGCAACAUCAGCUGCAGCAGGAGAGGAAGAACUGUCCGGUACCCCGCGCCACCGUGUCCCAAACGGCACUGACACAGCAUUCAAUGGCACAGUCACAGAAGAGGAACUUCCCAGGACAGAAGCCUCACCCCCAAGUGAAAAUGUAACUCAGAUUUCCAUCAUCACCUUGGAGCAAGAUCUGAUAUCCGAAGGCAUCCAAAAGGAAAAGGAUCUCCUGCUGCCAAGCUUGGUGGCUGUUCUGAUUUUCAUGUUGCUCAUCAUUGUCGUGCUUUUUAUGAGGAAGCUGAAAAAAGCUCAUGGAGUGUGGAAGAGAGAAAAUGAUAAUUCAGAGCAGACGCUGGAGAGUUAUAAAUCCAAAUCUAAUGAAGAAAGUCCAGGCCAUGAGAGGAACGAACAAGUUGUCAAUCAGAAGUCCAACGUGCAAUACGUAACAGAAGGAUAUGCAGAAAAAACACAGAAGAAUCCAGGAGAGAAAAACAUCACAAUAGCUGAGAAACUGUUUACAUGUGGAAAGGAAACAGAUGUAUAGCAACGUGGUCCUUCUGGCAAACAUACAGAAACACCGCUGUUUUCUGAUAUUUAUCUUAGAGCAUUUACAAAUCAGUACGAUGUCAGGGAGCAGAAGUACAAGCGACUACCCUCAAUCCCGGAGCCAGUUUGGACUCUUUUCCUCUACACAGUCGGACAGGUAGAUGGGACUGGCACUCCUACCAACCUGUUAGCAAUGAACACUGAUUUAGCGGUAGCUCUCAGAGGAUUUAACUGACCACUGCCAGAAUUAUGGGUCAUCAAUCCACCCUAAUUGUUAUUAGGGUCCUUGCAAGGGAGCACGCAGUUAGUCCCAAGGACCACAGGAUGUGGAGAUAUUCCUGCAACAUUUCUGCCACUCUGCAAGCACAGGACUGAAGAGGAAACCCUGGGAGAUGCAAACCAACAGGGACUUCUAUGAACUCAUUCUGACAGCCAGACCUGGCCACCCAGCUAUAUCUAACCAAGCAGGAAAGCAUCCUGAUGUCUAAGGUGUUAAACAAAACAGUUGUCCCCUUUGGAAGUCUUAAAACGAGGGGUUGGCAAAGGUGAAGAGGAAGGACAGUGGGACACCCCAAACCCAGGGAGGAAGGCACUUGCCUGUGAGGGGGCAAGCUGUGAGAAUCACGACGACGUUUCAUCUGCAGAGCCCUGCGAUGCCACCACCAGGAAUCUUUUCUUUUGCAGGAGCCACAUACUGGGGUUCUGUACGAUAAAAUCAACUUUCAGAAAUAAAGGAAAUUUACAUUCCUCUACAGAAGAAAGCUGUAUUUAUUUUUCUUGUAAGAGAUGAUUAUUUCUCAUCACAAGUGAGGAAAAACACUGAAAAGUGUUUCUGAAUACUGGAUUAAAUAAAUGCUCUUGAAACGACUGCUAGAGAUAAUUUCAUUUUUAUGUGGAAAGUGUCCCCAUUUUUGACACAAGCGUAAUACAGGUAUCAACACAGCACUGCCAGUCCACAGCCUGUUGGAACAGUGGUUUAACCAUCAAAAUUGAAUUACUUUCUAUUUAGCCAAGCCACAAGGAAAUGUAAAACAUCCUAACUGUUUGUAAACUCAGCUUGUAGGGUUUGUAUGGUGAUGGCAGGCGUUCACGGACAAACAGACUCGGUAAUCCUAAGUAUUUCCUACAAAACCAAGGGCCCUGGCAGCUGCCCAGCCCCACGGUGCUCUCCAGCCCAGACCUGGCAGCCACCUGCGGAUCCAGCAGGGGGUUAAGAAGCAGUUGUAAGCGUGCACAACCGCUUCACCUGUAUUAAACGUAUGGAAAAUCGUGCUUGAAAUCUAUGCAAUCCAUACACAGGGGCCCCCUAAAAACAUGUGUAACCUCUGCGUCAAUUGUGGAAGCCUAAGCGCACCUUCGGCUGAGUAUUUGCUUCUACCUGCCCUCGCUGGGCACUGUACCAGCCCUCUAAGAUUUUCAUGGCUGUCAUGUGCCCUGAAUUUGGGAUCAAAUCCUGCCACUUCGGUGCUGUGCUGGUGUCAGGGAGGGCCGAGCAGCACCGCCCGCCGCCCAGGACGGCGUUUUGAACGCUCCCGCCUCCAAGA